UAUAAUUUUCAAGUAUGGAGCAGAGAGAGAGAGAGAGAGCGCCUCAUAUUUCCCCCUUCCCUCCCCUACGUAUCUGCAUAUUUCUGUCUCUCUCUAUUUGCCCUGAAUCGGAAGAGACGACAACAGAAGAAAGCAGAUCAAGUAUGGAGGGGAUCAUAUAGCGAAGAGAGACCUUGUUUGGAAGGGGAGAAAAAGAGAGGGAAAGCAUCAGAAAAUGAAGAAAUGUGAGCUCUGCAACUCUGUUGCAAGAAUGCACUGCGACGCAGAUCAGGCCAUCCUCUGCUGGGACUGCGACUCCAAAGUCCACGCCGCCAAUUUCCUUGUCGCCAAACACUCCCGAACUCUCCUCUGCCACGCCUGCCAGUCUCCGACGCCGUGGACCGGCUCGGGUCCGAAGCUCGCACCUACUGUUUCCGUCUGCCAGGCCUGCGUCCGAAGCACUAACGCUACAAGCAACGACGACGAUGACGACGAGAGUGAUGACAAUAAUGAUGAUGAUGAAAAUGAAUCUGGUAGUGAUGAUGAUACAAGCUAUGAUGAUGAAGAUGAUGAUGGCGACAAUCAAGUUGUUCCUAUGACUUUCACGCCUCUGCCUCCACCUGGGUUUUCGAGUUCUUCAAGCAGUGAAGAAUCUUCCGGCAGAUUACACAGUGACCAAGAAGAUAAAUCCAAAUCAACAAUUGGGUUUUUGUCCAAACCGCCGCCAUGGGAUUGAAGUGCAGCAAGAGAAUGGAUUGAAAUGAUCCAAUGUUAUGUUGUUGAUCCUAAUCUUUCAAGGAUCUAACCAAUGGACAACUUCUAAACAUGAAUGUAUCAUUUGGCCCAUCUUUAUGAUCUUGUCUUAUGUUGCUUUUAUGUUAUGGCAUGCUCAAGAUGAAAUCACCAUCUGAAAUAAGAGGAAAGUAUCCAACUUUCUCA